AUGACACAUCCUGUAAUAUCUCUAAAGCCCAGUUACAACUCUGUAAUUCGUGGUUGUCCUGGUUUACCAGACACUUUACCUCGAAUUGAGUGUGAAUUAAGGAUUAGAUCCAACGAUGGCAAGGCAUUCCGUAUCGACAAAAUAGAAGUGGUGUUGAAAGGUAUAGAAUCAUUACUGAAUGGGCAUCAUUCAUUUGCGCCAAAAUCUAAGGUGGAAAAAGUCACAGUUCAUUAUAAGAAGAACAUCAAGAUGUCUGAAAAGAAGAUUGUUGGUAUCGAUAUACCACUAACGAUCGGUCUACCAGAGGAUGUUAAGGAGACAAAUUUUAACUCGAGUUUUGGGAGUAGUAUUACACUUUUAGAAUGCACAGUGAGGUAUAACGGUUUGGAAGAUCCUCAAGUGUUUGCUCAGGCAGUAAACGUUGAGAAAUAUACUAUUGUGCCUAAUCCUAAACGGUUUCCUAGUGUGUCUAGACAAGUCUCUUCACCAGAUCGUAAGUUUUCUGUUGAUUAUACAGUGGUUAACCCAUGUGUAAGCGUAGAUGAUAAUCUAAACUUACAGUUAGAGAUUAGACCUAAUGGUAAGGUUAUCGGUGAUAGUUCCUCCAAUUCAUUGUUUGGUAAAAAGUUCACAAAACUGAAAGCUGUUGUGGUGGGCUUAAAAGAAUGUCUAGAAAUAUUAGAUCCUGCUACUGGAUUUGGCGAAACCAGGGAAAAUGUGUUACGGGAAAUGGUUCAUACGUUUGAUGAGCGUAUAAGUAGUAAUGGUAUUAAAUUAAAGUUAGAAAUGCCUGUACAGGCAAGAAUAGGUCUCUUUGGAGAAUUUGAGUCCUCUUUACAGGAGCCUGACAUGUUACAUAGAAUUGGUCCACAAGCUGUAUCCCAUUUACCAUCUACAAGAUUACUACAAACCAAAACCCACGGUUCUUCAGGUAUACCUUUUCAAUACCAUAGCAGCAUUACUACUACGGGUGGGAGUCUGUUCCGCAUUACACAUUCUGCGGCUGUUAAAGUAAAGAUCAGUAGUGGUAAAAGUUUCCAUUUGAACCACUUGAUAGACAUCUCCCCGUGGACUCAACAGCAGUUGAAAGGAUUGGACCAAUUGGUUACCCAUGAAAAAGAAACUGCCAAAUUUGCCAGACAGUUUUAUGAUAAUUUCGGAGGGAUAACUCGAAAGAAUAAACCUACAAUGAGUCACUCUCCUGCAGUGGUAGAAUACCCCCCACUGCCGCCGGUCGUUUAUCCAAACGAUAACGAAACUCUGAGAAAGCUUGACAUUAAGUAUGCCAACGUAGGGUCUUUCUCGCAUAGGAUACCGCUUCUCGAAUAA